UGCUUUAAAUUUAUUCAAAGAUGGCGGAGGUUGAAAAUUUACUUCUCUCACUGAUUGAGAAAGAAAUCCCCGAAGGACGACAAGCAUUGAGAGAUGGCCAUGAAAAUCUGGCUAAGGUAGCAGAAUACUGCGAAAAGAAAUAUCUGGAGACAAACAAUCGGUUUAAAUCGGGCGGAGACAGGGCGAAAGCGCUCGAGGAGUCAAGGGCUGUUCUCGACGAGACGAAAAAAUUCGCGACGCAGUCCCUGGCCAGUGUAGCUUAUCAGAUAAAUUCCUUAGCUAUGAACAUGCUUGGCCUGUUAGAUCAACAAGUUUUGAAGUUACAGGAAAUGGAGUCGCGGAUAAAUCAUAUAUCGGAGACUGUUGACAUUCACAAAGAGAAAGUGGCUCGAAGGGAGAUAGGUGUGUUAGCAUCAAGCAAAUCAACUGGACGCACUCACAGAAUCAUAGCCCCAGCUGAGCAAGAGAAGCCUGUCAGAUACAGCAGAAGAACAACUGAUUAUUCCCUGCUUGAUAAAUUAGGGCAUGGAGUCAAGACAAGUGAUCGUCAAGAUGGCCGGCGCCGUCAAAGCAGCAAGAAAGUGAAGCCACAACAGCAACAAGCUGCAAACAGGGGGAGCCAGCGCCAACCAGUUGCAGGGACAACGAGAAGAGCACCACUUAUUAAGCCUCCACCUCCUCCUGUUCCUCCACCAAUGCCUCCUUCUGUUCCCUCCUCAGAACUAGGUCCAACCCCUCCUCCUUCUGUGCCUGUUCCACCUGCUACUCCAUCAUUGCCAGGUGAUGGUGCCAUAGUCCCCCCACCCCCUCCACCCCCAGGAAUGCCUUCUGUUCCAUCACCCACUGGCAUACCACCUCCACCACCACUCCCUGGUUUUGUAUCCCCUCCUCCCUACCCCAGUAUGGGAGGACAAGUACCUUCCCCACCCCCUCCUCCAGCUUUGAAUGCACAUGGUGGUGCAAUGAACCUUCCUCCACCAGAUUUGAUUCCCCCAUCAGAAGUUGAUGGAGGGAGCACUUACGAAUCUGUGGUUGAUGCAAUGGGUUUGCCCCCACCCCCACCCUCUGAAGAUGACUUUUACCAGGCCCCAUCAUCCCUUCCCAUGCCUGCACCACCAGACGAUUUGUAUCAAGUGCCACCCCCACCAGUGGAGGGACAGUCUGGUGUUCCUGAUAACUAUAUUGAGAAAGUGGUGUCCCUGUACAGCUAUGCUCAACAGAGAGAUGAUGAACUCACAUUCGACGAAGGAGUGAUCAUUUAUGUUGUCAAGAAAAACGAUGAUGGUUGGUUUGAGGGUGUCACAGAAAGUGGCGUUACUGGUCUCUUUCCAGGAAACUAUGUGGAAGCUUGUCUUUGAUUCAAGACGUCUCAUUUGGUGAACCAAUUAUAAAAUGUAACUAGAAGUUUGGCACUGAAAGAGAACUUCAAAAUCAGAGGUUUAGCUGAUUACAGACACUGCUUUACAUGAAAGCUAGAAUCUUGCUUAAGUGACAGGCUUUGAGUUCACUGAUAAUCCCUUGUUGACAUUUUUUCUGUUAAUUCUCAUCAUUUGCUGUCUUGAUAUUGUUUAAAUAUUGCAAGGAGAAAUUGUGUCUUGGUCACUUAUGGGGGUUAAAGGAUUCAGAAAUCAGCUAAGCUUGCAGCUAAUGAUCGCACAUAAACCUUCAAGUAAAGCCUGAUAAACUGGUCAGAAGCAUUGUGCAUUUUAGAGGCACUUCCUUUGGAAUAAUUAACAAUUAUUUACCAAAUGGAGGUGAAUAGUGGUGGGUACUUACCUGGCCACAAAGUGGCAAAGUAAAUAUCCACCACUUUCAAUGACGCUGAAAUGAAUAAUUAUUGUAGUAUAUACCACACAUAUACCAAAAUACUAGUUUGUCUCUUUCAAUAUACGAAAAAAAGGUUGGAAAUUAAUCUCGAUGCAUGAUUUUGUCUCACCAGCAUCUUGGAGGUGAAUAGUACUUGCUAUUCACCCCCAAACAGGCCAAUCAGCAUGCAUGAAAAGAACUAUUCAUUUGUGUGGUAUAUACUGAAUACUUGAUAAAGAAGGAAGUGUCUAAUGCUGCCAUUGAUGCUUGCUGAAAAUAUUUAGGUUUUUUUGAUGGAAACAAACAUCACAUUCUAAAAUAUUUUUUAUGAGGAAUAUAGUUAAGAUUAUCAACAGCUGGUUGGUAGUAGGUUAUUACAUAGUCUAUUUUUUGUAUAAAAUCGGGUUUAUGUUAAGGACCAGAAACAUUUAUGGAACAGCCUUUAGGGAUAACAUUUUUAUGGGUCUCCUUUAAUACCCCGUUACAGUCAUAAAUUCAAGGUGUCUUUUUUGUUAUGUAGUUUGGUAAAGAAGAGAAAAAUGGAAUUUUGAUAUCACGAGAUAUUCAUUUGAUGGGGGAGGAAUGUUGGAAAAGAAGACACUCAAAAAUGAGAAUUAGUUAUUUUAAUCUUAUAACUUGUGUAUAAUAAAGUAUCUAUGAAGCUGUAUAUUUAAUUGGCUAUCUAUACUACAAUUCAAGGUUGUCUUUAGGUGGUGCUCUCUAGAAUUAUACCUUUGCAGAUAAUCUAUGUUGAUUUGUGAAUUUAUCCUCCUUAAUCCUUAAUUGAUCAUUCAAAUUAAAUUUUCCAUUGGCUUUAAGCAUCUCUUUUAGAGGAGAGAAGAAGACAAAAAAUUGCUAGAUACAGGAUUUUUGUGGAAAAUCUUGAGGCCCUUUUUUGCUUAGAUUAUUGUGUGAGCAUCUUUUGAUGUUUGUUUGUUUUAUUGUAAUUGUACAGAGAAAAUUGAAAGGGAAGUUUUUUCAUCUUGCCUCCAAUUAAUUACUCAAUAAAGAUGAUAAUUAUUGUAAUAAUUUUUUUUCCUGUUAUCCAUUUACUAGCCUGCAUUAUGAAUAGACAAUUCUGGUUUGGUGCUAA